ACAGAGGGACUAAUACAGAACAGAUUGAGAACGGCGGUCUCUGUCAGUCUAUGCAACAAGCAGGAGCUUCUGUUGAAAUAAAACGAAAAGCCCUAACUAGAGUAAACACACCAGAAUGGAGGGUUUAGAGUUAGUUAGAAAAAGCACCACUCUUCUUCUCCUGGAUGUUCCACAAUUUACUCUAAUUGGCAUAGAUACUCAGGUGUUUUCAGCUGGUCCGUGUUUUAAGGGCAUCAAGAUGAUUCCUCCUGGUCCGCACUUGUUCUAUUAUGCUCCGUCUGCCAGAGACGGAGCUCAGUUUUCACCGAUUGUAGCCUUCUUCUUUGAUGCACCCCCCUCAAAGGUGAUCGUGCGUAGAUGGAAUGCAGAAGAGGAGUGUUUCAUCAAGCUGUCGGAAGAAGAGGAAGAGAGAUAUGCUCAAGCAGUGAGAAGUCUGGAGUUUGAUAGGGAACUUGGACCUUAUGCAUUGGACCAGUUUAAAGAAUGGAAGGUGUUGUCGAACUACAUCACACAGAGUACGAUCGAACGAAUCCAACCUAUAGGAGGGGAAAUCUCAAUUGCCUCUGAACCUGAAAUGUUUGGGAACAGUCCAAAAACAACAAAGGAGAAAGCUCUUGAUGAACAGUUAUGUAGCAGUAAGUUCUCAAGAUCCUCUGAUAAACAGCAUAAAGUACAUUGUUACUACACAUCAGUUCCACGAAUUAUUAAGCACAAGGGGAUGUGCGCAAAUGAUCUGACCUCAUUGAACCUUGACAAGACCCAAUUGUUAGAAGAGAUAUUGACAAAAGAGUUUGGAGGUGCUGAAGACUUGCUUCUGGGAGAGUUGCAAUUUGCAUUUAUUGCAUUUUUGAUGGGGCAAUCACUUGAAUCCUUUCUACAGUGGAAAGCCUUACUUACACUUUUCUUUGGCUGUACUGAAGCACCUUUCCACACACGAAGUAAACUAUUUACCAAGUUUAUCAAAGUCUUGUACUAUCAGCUCAAGUUUGGACUCCAAGAAAAUAGAAAAGAUAGUGACGUUGAACGGAAGAGCACAUCGGUACUGCUUGAUGAAUCUUGGUUAUCUGCUGAUAGUUUUAUGCACCACCUCUGUAAGGAUUUCUUUCAGUUAAUUCUCGAAGCACCCGUAGUAGAUGGAGAUCUUCUUUCUUGGACAAGGAAGGUGAAGGAGCUUCUUGAGACAACUCUUGGAUGGAGUUUUCGGCAAUUGGAUUCUGUCGAUGCAAUUUACUCUGAAGAAAAUGAUGAGUUUGCUCCGGUGGUUGAGAUGUUGGAUGAUCACCUUCAGUAACAGAAACUUAAGUGAAGCCAACCAUUGCUGGAUUAGUAUAGCGUGUGAAGGUAUCUUUUUUAAAAAAAUUGUGCAGAGCAGUUGUUUUAGACAUAAAACAGAGACGAUAUAGACAAUUCCGCUUUUUUUUUCUCCAUGUGAAUACAUAUACAAUAUCUUUAUUAUAUGUACAUUAAAUGUGCUGUACUUGAUUUGAAAUAUGUGUGAUGUACUUGGAAGGAAGUAGACAAUUGAUGACUAUAUCCUUGGUUUGUA